UGAAAACUCUUCAUUCAGUUUUAUUUUUGAUUGCUGCUCACAUGGUUAAUCAUGCGGCUGGAACCAGAUAAAGCCGCUGGAGGUUAAAUUCAGCAUGCCUGCUUCUGCUGGUCAAAAAUGUACCUCCAUUAGUCUUCCACUGGCGGUCUGCAAUGAAUCCAGAAACGGGUUCUUCUACGCAAUCACCAUGCUGUAAUCAUUUUUCCUGCCUUAUAUAUCUGAGGGGUAGAUCUUCUUGCGCUGAGGGGUGCUUGGGUCAGACCUAUUGUUCUGGAUUCUAUCUCGUUCGUUCUUAAUAAGACAUAGCCUGAUUGGAUCAUUUAAAAUCGCAGCUAUUCUAUUCGAUUCCAAUUUUGGGUUUCAAGGAACAUAGUUUUUGUGAUCCCCUCCGGAUCGCGGAAAAUGCUAAAAAUCUGAUGUUUUUAAUUUGAAGUUUUCCAUGAUUACAAUAAUGUUGAAAUCACAAUAUUAUUUCCAUGUGAGCACAAAAUUAUUGAUUCUAUUACCAGACCGUUUAUGUGGGAGUUUUUUCAUUUUGUUGGAUCAUUUGCCGCUCAUUAAUUGUUUUUGGAUUUUCAUUAAAAGCCGUUGAUUGUGUUUCUGGACGUGUUUUCCGCAAAUAGAACAGCAAUUUUGAAGUUUUCUUUACUGUGGUUUUUCCGUUUUUGGACUUAGUGGCUCUCUCUUUCUGUCUGGUAGCUUGAAAUGCUGUUUAUACGUGGUAUCGCAAGUGUUGCGAAGCUUCGCUACUGCUAAUUAAACAAAUUGAUUGAGCUCUAGUUAAGUAUCAAGGUGAAUUAUAAAGUGUAGUUCUUAAGAAUUUCAAUUAUGGAAUGCUUGGCUCAUGAUUGUUUUUUCGGAUCAAGUUAACAUCCUCCUCCCCAAAUAGACCACGUUAAGAUCCUCCACCCGAGCGUUAAUGUUAAUUUAAAUCUACUUAGCGCUGCAUGUAAAAUGCUCUAUUCUGAUUGGCUGAAAAUUCGAACACAGAACCAAGUUAACAUCCUCCCCUCUAAACGGAUGGGGGGAAGGAUGUUAACUUGGUCCGUUUUUUCAUACUUCAGACUAGUUAUGCUUCAGCUACUGCGUGCGGUGCCCUUGAAAUCAUGUCGUUGGAGUUCAUCUUCUCUUGAUAAGUUUAGGGAACGAUUGAAUGUUCACAUAGAAUCCAGCGACCAUUCUAAAUAUCAGAAGCUUAAUAAGCUUCUUCCUCGUGAACGAAUAUUUUCUCUGCUUGAUCAAGAUUCUGCUUUCUUGGAACUGUCACAAUUAGCAGGAGACAGAAUGUAUAAAAAAGAUUUAAUUAAAAGUGGAGGACUGAUAACAGGCAUCGGAAUCGUGAAUGAGAAGCUGUGCAUGAUAAUGUAUAGCGAUUUUACUGUUAAAGGUGGUUCGUUUUAUCCUAUUGGUCUGAAAAAGUACUUGCGAGCUCAAGAAAUAGCCGCUCAAUGCGAGUUGAUAAGCAUACAUUUAACAGAAUCUGGAGGUGCGGCGUUGCCUUACCAAGCUGAUUUGUUCAUUGAAGGAGGAGAGACCUUUUACAAUAUUGCAAAGGCGUCGGCUGCAGGGUUAACUCAACUGACUGUCGUUUUUGGCUCGUGUACAGCAGGAGCUGCAUACGUUCCGGCUAUGUGCGAGGAAAAUGUUAUCGUGGAUAGAAAAGGAUACAUUUUUCUUGGAGGACCUCCUCUAGUUCAAGCUGCUACUGGAGCUGUCGUUUCGGCUGAGGAACUUGGCGGGGCUAUUGUUCAUUGUUCACAGAGUGGUGUCUCGGAUUAUUUUGCUGCAAAUGAUCAACAUGCUAUUGAAUUGGCACGAAAAAUAAUUCGAAAUUCAAACUAUAAACACAACAAAAAAUUGGUUGAUUUGUUUUCGAAAAGUGCUGUGAAAACAUCAGAUUUCAAUUUUGAUGGAACUCAAAGAAUAUGUGCUAGGAAAUUGAUUGAAGCACUUGCAGAUGAGAAUGAGUUUGACGAGUUCAAAAAAAUGUAUGGGAAUGACAUAGUUACUGGGUUCUGUAAUGUGUCAAAAAUCCAUUGUGGGGUUAUAUCUAAUAAUGGAGUCCUCAGCGUAGAAGGAGCUUUAAAAGCGACAUCGUUCGUCCAGAUUUGUUCGAAACGAAAAAUUCCGUUGAUUUUCAUUCAAAAUGCAUUAGGCAUUGAAAAACAUGAUAAUUUAGAAGUCCAAGAUAAUCGAGGGAAAGCUAAAGCAGCGCUUAUGUCUGUUGUUGCGUGUUCUGAAGUUCCAAAAGUUACUUUAAUCAUUGGAGCUAGUCAUGGAAUUGAAAAUUUUGCGUUUUGUGGUAGAUCAUUCAGUCCAAAUUUUCUUUUUACUUGGCCGAAUGCCAAGGUUUCGUCAAUUAAUUGCGAAAGUAUACCCAACAGCCAACAUCAGUUUGAAAAAGAAGAAGAGGAAGCAGUUUUUGGUUCGGCACGGUUAUGGGAUGACGGUAUCAUUGAGCCAAGAGACACGAAACAAGUAAUAUCGUUGAGUUUAGCCAGUGCAUUGAACAGGACAAUUAAAAACUCUGUCUUUCCUGUCCUAAGAAUGUAAGUUCUUGAUGUUUCAAACCUUCGACAAGAAAGCGUAAAUUAAAGAAAGAUGUACUAUAAUUUUUGUAGCAGAAAAUUUAACCAGAGUUUUGACCUAA